AUGGAAGCUCCUUCUCUCUCUCUCCUUCUUCCUCAUCUUCUUCCUCCUCAACCGCCGCCGCCUGCCGCCUGCCUUCUCCACGACUGGCUCACCGACGUCCUCCACACCUCCGGCUGCACCUUCGUCUUCAAAGCCCCCUCCUUCACCUCCUACGACGUCCUCCUCACCUGCGACCCUGCGAACGUCAACCACGUCUUCAAUGCCAACUUCUUGAAUUACCCGAAAGGCAACGAGUUCGCCAUCAUUUUCGACUUCCUCGGCAACGGCAUCUUCAACUCGGACAAAGAUUCAUGGAAGUUCCAAAGGAAGAAGGCUCAUUCCCUAAUGUCCACGCCAAAGUUCCGCUCUUAUGUCAUUGAUGCAAGCAAAGGGAAAGUGCACAAGAGCCUAAUCCCUCUCCUUGACCACUUUGCCCAAAACCCUAACAAAACCCUAGAUUUACAAGAUGUUUUCAUGAGAUUAAGCUUUGAUAUUACUUGCAUACUGGUCUUCGGCGUCGACCCUGCUUGCUUAUCGAUCGGAUUUCCAACCGUUCCGUUUGCGAGCGCGAUGGACGACGCCGAAGAAGUGGUGUUUCUACGGCACAACAUGCCGAAGGCGUGGUGGGGGCUGAUGAGGAAACUCAACAUCGGACCGGAGAAAAGGCUCGCGGACGCCGUGAAAGUUUUAGACCACUUCAUCGUUAAAUACGUCAACGAACGAAAAGAGGCCAAGAGGGGCGAAAACGGGGAUCUCAUCACAUCCUACCUAGAUUCCGAAGGCGAAAUCGCUGACAACGGGUUCAGUAACUUGGAUAUAUUCCUCCGUGACACCGUACUGAAUCUGAUGGUCGCGGGGCGUGACACAAUAAGUUCGGCUCUGACAUGGUUCUUCUAUCUGAUAGCGAAGAACCCGACAGUCGAGGCGAAGAUCCUCGACGAGAUCAAAACUCAAGGAUUGGAAGAUCUUGGCAGACUGGUCUACCUACACGCCGCGCUGUGCGAGUCUCUCAGGCUAUACCCGCCCGUCCCGUUCGAGCACAAGGGGGUGCUGAAGCCGGACAGGCUCCCCAGUGGUGUCAUGGUGCACCGGAACAGAAGAGUACUGUUCUCGUCGUACGCGAUGGCGAGGAUGGAGGGGGUCUGGGGGAAGGACUGCUCGGAGUUCAGGCCGGAGAGGUGGAUAUCGCCAGAGACCGGAAAAGUGAGGCACGAGCCGUCGUAUAAGUUCUUCGCGUUUAACGCGGGCCCGAGGACGUGUUUGGGGCGCGACAUCGCGUUUACGCAGCUGAAAGUGGUGGCGGCGUUUAAGGUUAGGGUUUUGGAGGGGUUUGUGGCCAAGCCCAAGUUGUCCAUUAUUUUGCAUAUGGAUGGGGGGCUUGCGGUGAAGGUUAGUGAGAGGGAAGAUUAAAGGGUAAAAUGGUAAUUCUCUGGGGUGUUCAUUAUGAAUACAUGAACACGAGAAAUAUUUGUAUUAGCCAGAUCCCCUAACGGGCUACUAUGAAUAUGUUAGAAAUAAAUCCGGCUGGUAUAUCGGUUAGUUUUUAUGUUUGUGGUGAGGUAUUUAUUUCAUGUAUUUAAUAAUUAUAUUUGAGAAUAUUUUUAAGUUAUACUGGAUAUACCAGCAGAUAUAUAUAUCAUCAUGUAUCAAUUAUAUAUACUUCAUACUUUGUAUGUUUGAGUUUUUCUCAUUUGUUAAAAUUUGUGCAAUUAUUA